CGCCUCCGCCCUUGGCCUCCCUGAGAGCCCGAGAGGAAUCAUGCGUGUGGAUCAGGCCUCGUCGUGGUACCGGCGUAUGUCAGUGAUCUACGCGGUGGGCGCCUGGACGGUGUUGGGCUCCUUGUAUUUCUACAACCGGAAAGAGAGCAGACCGUCAGGUGGUGAAAUAAAGCAGAAGGAUAUUUCAACAAAUGAAGUAGCUGAGCCCCCACCUAAGGGGUUUUAUAUGGAAACAAUUGUCACAGCUAGAGAAGAUUUUGUUCCACUUACUGACAGGAUUCUCAACUAUUGGAAUUCAUGGACUGGUGGUCCUGGGCCAAAAUCAUGACUGACUGCUGAAUUCUCAAAACCAGGACUUUGGUUUAACAUAUUAUGUGAACGAUGCCUUGAUUUCCAUUUUAUGUUUGUGAAAAAUGUGUAUCGAAUUUUUCUGUCAAAUAGAAUCACUAUUAAUAUCCAAUAAAUAUUUCCCUGGGGUAAAGGAAACUUAAAAUUUCAAAUGAUGCCCCUCUACUCACCUGAGAAAAAGGUUGAAAUCAAACUGCACAUUGAGCAUAAUCUCACUUUUUUCUAUAAUCUCAGUUUUCUGAAACUCGUUGAUCUAACAUUAUAUAGUUGACUGCUGCUAUGUACCAGCACUGCCAGGAGUGAUCCCUAAGCACAGAAUCAGGAGUAAGUCCUGAGUAACACCAGGUGUAGGCCCCAAACAAACAAAAUUGAAUAUUUGUUACUUUUUUUUUAGUAAGAAUUUUUUAGUGAAGCAGAUAGUUUGUAUUGAAUGAAACCUGCUCCUUUCACAUUGGAAAGAUAUGAAUGGAGAAAGAGAGGAAAUGUACAUUUAAGAGAGAACAUGGACUCCUCCAGAGUGGAAAAUCAAGCUUGUGAAGAUACAUAAAGACAAGUAAGAUACAUGUUCAAGGAGAACACAGGCUUGAAGAGCAAGCUGAUUUUUUUUUUUCUGGGAAAGAAGGGGAGAUACAACCCUAUGGUACUUGGGGCUUACUCCUGGUUCUGUGCUCAGGGAUGCCUGGUGGAGUUUGGGAGACCAUAUGGGGUGCCAGGGAUUGAGUCAUUGUGAGAUACAGUUAAUAAAGCUUUUAUGAUUGA